AUGUCGCAGGUGAGGAUCGUCGACGCGAGCUACGUCGAUGUGCCGGAGACCGCCGUCCGGCCACCGGGGCCGAUCAAGCUGACCGCCAUGGAGGCGCUGUGGAUCGUCAUCCCGGUGCUGCAGCACGUGCUGCUCUACGAGGGCGACGACGACACGCCGCCCUUCGACGCUAUCGUUCAGUCGCUUCGUUCCUCCCUCGCCGCGACUUUGCGCAGCUUCGCGCCGCUCGCCGGCAAGCUGGUCCACCUCGAGGAAACGGGGAACGUCGGCAUCAGCUGCUCCGCCUCCGACAGCGUCCGGUUCGUCGUCGCGGAGUGCGACGCAGACAUCGGGCGCCUGGCCGGAGACGAGGAGCACGACCUGCGCGUGCUCGAGGGGCUCGUGCCGGAGGUGGACAUGAGCCUGCUGCCGACCCCCGUGCUGGCCGUGCAGGCCACGCGCUUCAAGGGCGGCGUGGCGCUCGGGGUGACGGUGCACCACGGUGUCGCCAACGGGCGGUCGCUAUGGACGUUCGUCGAGGCGUGGGCGACGGCGUGCCGGGGCGAGACGCAGGCCGCGACACCGUGCUUCGACCGCUCGCUCGUCAAGCUGCCCGGUGGCCAAGAGCUGGCCAGGAGCUUCUUGAGAAAGUACGCGCCAAAUCUACCAAAGGCGGCAUAUCCGGCGCCGCUCUCAGAGGACCAUGGACGGUUGACGCGCCGGACGUUCACCGUGGACGCGCGGGGCAUCCAGCGCCUCAAGGAGCACAUCGUGCGUCUCGGUGAAUCCUCCGUCGCCGCCCCGCCUCGCCCCCCGUCCACCUUCAUCGCCGUCGUCGCGCUCGCCUGGACGUGCUUCGCCCGGUGCAAGCCGUUCGCCUCCGACGACGUCGUGAUGGUCGGCUUCCUCGCGGAUGCCCGGCACCGCCUCGACCCUCCCGUCGACGCGGGAUACUUGGGCGCGUGCCUCACCGGAUGCAUCGCGAGCAUCCCCGCGCGCGAGCUCCGCGACGAGCACGCCCUGGCGGCGGCGGCGCGGGGGGUCCAGGAGGAGGUCCGCAAGAAGACGGAGGACCCGAUGGCCGGGUGCGAUUUCCUGGCACCGGCGUUCACUGUCGCCAUGGAACGGCUGAUGAACGUGUCGGGCUCGUCGAGCUUCCGGGCCUACGAGCUGGCGGACUUCGGGUGGGGCAAGCCGAUGCGGACGGAGAACACCAGGAUGAUCCGCGACGGACAGGUGGCGCUGAUGCGCGCCAGGGACGGCCAGGGCGUGCAGGUGUCGGUCUCGCUGCUCGAACCAGGGCAAAUGGCCGAGUUCAAGUCUCAGUUGCUCGAGUUAGUCGGUUAA